ACACGAAACGAAGACUAAUUUAAAGUAUAACCAGGUAAGAGUCCACUACUUGAGCAUCAAUGAUAGCCUACAUGGAUGCAGGGGUCUCCUUCCCAGGGUACCAAGGGCUUACCCCUGAGGAGAGGAGCCCACGCAGGGCGUAUAGUGUGGAGAUUGGUCCUGGCGACUGUGUUAUAGGAAUUGAGAAGCACCCCUUGACAACAAAAAAAUGGCUUGUGACAGGCGUUGCAUGCGCAAUGAACGGUUUGCGGUUGAUUCCAGUACAGUAUAAAAUUAGUCCGCAUCAUUCCCUGACAUCUUCCUUCAAUAGAGGGCUGAAAUCUCAGUUCCCUGCUAUCAUCAGAUUUGGACGGAGGAGCCUCUAUCUGAGCCAGGCUACUGUGGAAAGAGGAUUGUUGACCCUCCCUACCCACCCUGCUCAUUCCCUGAGGACCCACCGUGUUGCUGGUUGGGUGUCGCUCCCCGCUCUGCCUGGUGGUGGCCCUCGGGAGCUUUGAGCGCAUAGAGAGUGCAAUAGUGCAGCAGCCAUGACGAACGCAGUGAUGGGCGGUAGCUCGGACCGCUGGGUGCCCAACGAUAGGCAGAUGAGCAUGCAUGCCAAUGAUAAGGAACAGGGCAACUGGACCAACCAGGCCAGGCCAGGUCCCGACGCUCCGGACCUGACUGACGAGGAGAAGGAGAUCAUUAACGGUGUGAUCGCCCGUGCUGAGAAGAUGGAGGCCAUGGAGCAGGAGAGAAUUGGGCGCCUGGUGAACCGUCUAGAUGACAUGAAGAAGACGGUGUGUGGGGACGGGGUGAACCGCUGUCUGCUGUGUGGGGAGCAGCUGGGUGUUCCAGGGGUCAGCUCAGUGGUUUGUGAGGACUGCAAAAAGCACAUGUGCACCAAGUGUGGAGUGCAGAACGGCAGCCGGUCGCGCUCUGUGUGGCUCUGCAAGAUCUGCAGCGAACAGCGAGAGGUGUGGAAGCGAUCUGGUGCCUGGUUCUUUAAAGGCUUUCCUAAGCAGUUCCUGCCCUCGCCCAUGCCCAUCUCCAAGCCCAAAGAGUCAAGUGCCCAGCGAGCCCCAGAGCCAGCAUCAUCUGACCCCAGGGCUGCAGCUGGUCAUCCCCAAUCACAGGCCAGAGCAGGACCAGAGGAACUGGGGCAUGCUGGCAAACCACCUGUGGCCCCUAAGCCGUCAGAUGUUCGCAUGGCCACUGGUGGGACUGGUCAUGGUUACAAUGAGGGAGGUGCUCAGAACAGCCCAGUGGCGCUGCAGAAGGCUGUUCCAGUCCAGAGCUCCAGGCCCCCUCCAGCAGCAUCGGCCCAGCAGGCUCCACUGGAGACGGAGGGAGGUGGCUACUCCACUAGCGGUGCUCCAGUGGAGGAAAGAGUGCCUCCUGCAGUGCGGGAGGAGAGGAGACAGCCAACCACCUACAACCCCGUUCCUGCUCGACAACAAGCCCCUCCGCCUGAGGAGGAGGAUGCAAACAGCUAUGACUCAGAUGAGGCCACCACUCUGGGCGGCUUGGAGUUCAGCUUGCUUUAUGAGCAGGAGAACAACAGUCUCCACUGCAGCAUCCUCAAAGCCAAGGGACUGAAGCCCAUGGACUCGAACGGACUGGCUGAUCCCUAUGUCAAGCUGCAUCUAUUGCCAGGGGCCAGUAAGUCCAACAAGCUACGCACCAAGACCCUGAGAAACACCCGUAACCCUGCCUGGAACGAGACCCUGGUCUACCACGGACUCACAGACGAGGACAUGCAGCGCAAGACUCUCAGGAUCUCUGUCUGUGAUGAGGACAAGUUUGGGCAUAAUGAGUUUAUCGGAGAAACUCGCAUUGCGCUGAAGAAACUGAAGAUCAACCAGAAAAAAAACUUCAACGUGUGUCUCGAGAGAGUUGUCCCUACAAAGAAGACUGCAACAGCUGGAGGGGCUCGAGGCAUUUCGCUCUACGAGGAUGAGGGUGGGAAGGAGGUUGGAGAUGUGGAGGAGCGUGGUCGUAUCUUGAUCUCCCUCACGUACAGCACCCAGCAGAAUCGUCUCCUCGUGGGUGUGGUGCGCUGUGUUCACCUGGCCGCCAUGGAUGCCAAUGGAUACUCUGACCCAUUUGUCGAAAUAUGCCUGAGACCUGAUAUGGGGAAGAAGGCCAAGAACAAAACAAAUAUCAAGAAGAAGACCCUAAACCCAGAGUACAACGAGGAAUUUAGCUAUGACAUCAAGCACAGCGACCUGGCUAAGAAGACCCUGGACAUCUCAGUGUGGGACUACGACAUUGGGAAAUCCAACGAUUACAUCGGUGGGUGCCAGCUGGGCAUCACAGCCAAAGGGGAGCGGCUGAAGCACUGGUAUGAGUGCCUGAAGAACAAGGACAAGAAGAUAGAGCGCUGGCACACCCUGUUGAAUGAGAAUCCUGUCAACAGCAACUAACCCCUAUUAGAAUGAGCAAAGUCCUCUCCCUCAACACUCAUCCCCCUCUCCUUUCUCACAUUACCCUCUCUACCCUUCCCAAUAACCUUUAAUAUUGGACUAACCAGUAGUCUUCCUGUCUGGCUGUCUGCAUUCUUUCCUGUCCUCAACCCAACCCGCCACAUGCACCUUUCCAUCCUCCCCUGUUGUCCCAGAUGUGAUAUUCCCAUCUCAUGUCUCUCCCCCUUUACUGAGACUUAUCUGGAAAUACUCCUCCAGAGGCAAAACAUGGUAUACUUUAAAAUCAUCCUUCAAAAACAACUUAGAGAUUAAACAAUUUAAGGCAAAAAAAUACAUAAAUAAAUACUUUUGAAGAUAAUAAAAACAACAGCUUGACAUUGCAUUAUACGGUUGCAUUGAGAUAAUCAUAGCAGUUGAUGAUGUUAUAUAUUGAAUUUGACACAUCCUAAAGAAAACCAAUAUUGAAAUGCACUAGCACAAAAGAUGUUGAAGCAAUAUGUAAUUCUAUGUGGGAUUACAGCUGCAGCACCCGUUGAACUAUGAAGUUCAUUAGACUGGCAGGUUGUAAUCCUUGAUUUCUUGUAAAAUGACAUCAUGCAGUAUUAUUACCACUUGUAUGAGCAUGCAAAACCACAUGAAACCACAUGAAAACACACCGAGGACACACAGCUGCCCUCUGAACUAUUUCAAAUGUUCCAAAAGUCACAUGUUUAUUUAAUGAUAUCUAAUGAAUAUUAUGGCAUUCUCAUGAAGAAGGUUUAUAUGCUGCAGAAUUUCUGAAGUUAAGGUACAUACUAAAUAGGCAAUUCAAGUAAAUCAUAUUUGUAUUUAUUUCAGAAUCAGUUUAAAUAUUUUGAAUGAUAGCACUCCUAUUAGAAGAAACUGUGCUCACUUCAUGCCAAGUGUUCACUUUGUCCUUAUCUGAGUCAUGUUUAUAGAGGUAGUGGGAACAUGUUCAAUUUUUGAUGAGAAUGUUUGCACUGAAAAGUUGAAAAUCUGGUUCAGUUCUUUGUUUACGGUGAAGGAAGAGAGGAGACAGGAAAACCUUAUUUCCCUGGCGAGUAAUGAGAAGUAUACUAUGACAGGUGUGGUCUAAAUGAAUGUUUACUGAGGUUUUUUACUGACUGACAUUUUUAGAUCGAAUGCACAUGAUCAGAUUUUUCACUGACACUUAAAGCCUGCUCCACCUUAGUCACAUUAAAUAAGACAACAUGGGUAAGGCUAUGUCAUAAGUAAAUGUGCUGCUUGCAUGCACUGUGCUCGUGACCCUUGUGUUUUCUGUGGCUGGAGCAGUCACACACCCUAACCGGCUCCUCCCCACAAUGCACCCCCCUUUACCCACUCAGGCCGCCUCCAUUAAUGCAUCAUCCUUUUUUGCUGCACAGUUCACUCAAAGUUUUGGCGGGCGGCUGUUGACCAAUUACCGUAAUUCAAAGAAAGCACAUUGUAUACCAUGGAAUGACCUCAAUUUAUACAGCUGUUUGCAAGUUUCUCCAAAAAAACUAUGCAUGAGAGAUCUUGUGGUUCAUGAUAUAUACAUUGACUUAAGAAACAAAUUAUAUUGUAAUUUGAUGAUUUGUCUCUACCCCUUAACAUUGGUCCAAAUGCUUUUUUUUAAACACUGAAGUCCACAGCAACAUACAUGUAUUUAUGCAGCAAGAAUAUCAGGACUAUCAUUAUCAUUAGGCUAACAAUGGAUAAAUUCAUUGAUGUAGCGCGCUACUUUAGACCCUCUUCAGAGCAUCCUCAGCUUGGUAAUGUGACAGGGAUGAGAGCAAAAGCUAGGACCCUGUACACAGAGCUCAGAUAACGCUUAGAGGGCUGAUUACUGUGCGUAAACAGUCAAGCACGGUGAUCUCACCGACCAGUUCCUGAAGGUAGACGAUUAAAGGAGAUUCAUCUCAUCUAUAGAGUGAUGCAUUUUCAUCAAGUGCUCUGUCUCCUCCUUUGAUGGGUAAAAACAGGGGCUCCCACAGCCAAUGAGAGCCUCUGCUGAACUGUAUUGUCUUGCUGUCCACCAGUAGCCACAAUUUCAACAUUAUUUUGUUGCGUAUGCACUUGGUUUUCACUGGUUCUACUACGGUACUAUUGUAGCCUACCUGUUCUGUUUUGUGACCAGUUUAGUGGUCUUUAAUCUUAAUUCGUUUCUAUUAUCUUUUCUGGAUAGUAAGUAUCGCUAAACCUAAAGAGGAUACAACUGUUCUCUGUUUUGUUCUGCCUACUCUAUUUAAAUGAAUUGUUUGUUGGUUUUAUUUAUGUCAAUUGUAAAUAAGUAGUGCAUGGACUUGAGAGAAACAAAAUAUAAGUACCUGUGUAUGUUUGCAUGUAAAGAUUUUACAAAGAGUUAGGUUUACACAGAUCAAUAAAAGCAAGGUCAGACUUGUGA